GUAGAGUUUCCUAGUCUCCGGACUUAUGAUUGCAAUGCCGACGGCUUGUUUCUAAAGGUGCCACCGGUCUGUCAGUGAGUCGAUUCUGCUGCCGUUCGUUUGUCUGCCACCAUGCUGGCUGCUCUGGAUGGUGGUGGUCGUGGUGGUGGUGGUGAUGAUGUUGGUGGUGGUGGUGGUGGUGCUGGAGGACGAACUGGUGGUGCUUGAUGAUUACUACUUCACUCAGGCCAACCUCCUCCAUCGGACGCAUAACAAAGGGAAUCCAGUACUAGUCUGCUAUUGUCUUGCUAAUAUCAAAGUGGAAUAUUGAGUGGUGCCCCAGAAUCAAUCGUGUCUUCAUCCUCGAACCUCGUUGAAAGAUCCACCAAGGUAGUGUCCAACUAUGAAUGCCUUUGGAGGCAUGUUUGCGGCUGCGGCCGCGGCGGGAUAUCAGGAUCCCUAUCAUCGCAUGGCAGCGCUCCAAGAUCCGAGUAUGGCCAUGCAUCAUCACCAUCAUCAUCAUCACCAUCAGUAUAAGGUUCCCCGGAUCUACUUCAAGAUCCCACGGGUUCUGCCCUACAAGGAACAGAAGGAGAAGUUCGAUGCCGAUGAUUUCUUCAAGAAAUUAGUCAGAGAAUCCGAGGUCAGAUUCACAGGAUACCGAGAUCGUCCACUCCAUGAGCGGCAAGCUAAAUUCCAGCAUGGAUUGCGUGAUGGAACAGUUGAAUUGUCAGUUUUAUCCACGGGCUUCACGUUUUGCUUGAUUUGGAACGUUCUUGAGAAUGGGUAUCUCGAGCCUCACGCCAACACUCGAAUAGACUUCAACAAAGAGCGAGGCAAGGUCUACUUGGAUUCGCCCAUCAUUGCCAACGGGGUGUGUCUGCGAUGGAAAGGCUAUGUCAAUCUCGAAAAACUGGACGGCGUGGGUGGAUUUCGCUUCGACGAGGACGCUGCAAGGGUCGAAGAUAUGGCACUUCAACAACAAAUUGAAAGCUACAAAAUUGCCCUCAGAGACUGGGAAGAACAACAGCAGAGAUACCGAUCUGCACUUCAAGCUAGAUCAGCGGCUCUUGGAGGAUCGAACGCCACCGCUGUCGGUGGUAUGGGCAACUCAGUGGGGGUCGGAGGCGGCAUUGGGGGUGUUAGUGGCGGGCCAAGCACUGUUGCAGAAUGAGUAGGAGAGACCGGUGCUGCUUCAUAGAUAUUCUACUGAGUUACUGAGUACUAUUCCUCAAACCAGAGUGAAAUGGGCCGUCGAAACGAAGGUCCGCUCUUGCCACUGAGAAAACUCUUAAAAAUUGCUUGUCCCAUGCCGCCGUUUCAAAUGGCCUAAACCGAAUACUUAUUCAAUUUACAUGUUAUGAAUUAGUAUUGGAAUAAACCACUUUUUUGAA